UUAUUUUAUUACAUAGAUAAAUACUGCUUAAGCUGACACAGAUUCCACGCUUCUUUUUGUCUGUGUGCAGAGGGUGCAAAAAGUUACAGGCCAGAUUUAUCUGACGCCCACAUCUCAACAGCGUUUCCAAAAACAAAUCUAAGUGACGUUAUCUGGCUGAUAGUCAAAUCAACAUUUUGUUAAAGAUUAUCUCUCACGGAUGUAUAUCACAAGACUUUACCGUUAAUCGACGAGUAUAAAACAAAUGGAAGAGAAGCAAACGCGCUGUGUUGACCGUGUGUAACCACUCAAACGUAAUCAUGUUGGCGAUCAUUCCGUUUCUUGCCUGUUACGUCACUUGGACAGUUGCAAACUCGGUUAGCGCUGAUUUUGAUUGUACGAUCUCCGUACAGUACAAAGUUGGCGAUCUUAUGGAGCCUCAACCGUUGCUCCUAAAACGUGACGGUAAGCGUGCAACCAUCUGGUAUCCGGAUAACGAUAAUGGAACAUUGAAGAUAUUGGCGGGUGACUCUAUUUAUCUAGCAUGCCCAGGCAAAGAUAAUUAUCUCAAAAACAGAAGUUGGGGCAACGAGGUCAAAGCAGUUUGCGUAGAAGGUAAGGUGUUUGACGUGAAUGGCGUUCACCAGUAUUUCUCAUCCCUAGUUUGCAAAUAUCACGCCGAGCACCAUGCUAAGUAUACGGACUCGCCACCUUGUCUCGGCAGACACAGCCCCAUCGAAGUUGGUUUCAACGUGAGCGGUACCUUCAUCCGCACUAUUGAAUUAUGCCGCGACGAGAAGACAUAUAGAACGUACUACACGAAGUUCAAGAUGACGAAAAUGAUUGGAAGUUAUCAAAGAAGUUAUCCUAGACCUUCCAAAUUUCUAGCAGGAAAAUUUUAUCCUGGAAUAGAUAUAGACUAUUUGUACAAAUUCGAAACUCAGUUAGACACGCUUGCCAGAAUUCUAGAUUCGGACGAGUUGGCUAAAGAACGAUUGAAGAAGUCGGUGCAGUUUCUCUCUCGCGGUCAUAUGGCGGCUAAAGCGGAUUUCGUCUACGGCGCCCAGCAAAGAUCAACUUUUUGGUACUUAAAUACCGCGCCUCAAUGGCAAAGCUUUAAUGGUGGUAAUUGGAAUUUUCUGGAGAUCAGCGUCAGACGCUUCGCUGCCAGUCGCCGUUUGGACCUCGAUGUUUACACGGGAGUGCACGGUCAGAUGACGAUGGAGGACAUUCGUGGCAAACAGCAGCCCGUAUAUCUGCACGCCGAGGGCACAGUCAUGUCCGUGCCCAAGUUCUAUUGGAAAGUCAUCUACGAUCCAUUGAGCAAGCGGGGUACGGCGUUUGUGGGUCUCAACGAUCCAUUCAUCAGAUUGGUCACAGACGACGUAUUUCUCUGCACAGAUAUCAGCGAAGGGAUCAAGUGGUUGGACUGGAGACCGCGCAAUAUCACGUCUGGCAUCUCUUACGCCUGCAGCGUUGCUGAUCUGCGAAAGGCAGUGCCUGUUGUGCCGCUGCUCGACGUGAUCGGUAUUCUAAUGUGACAUGAGCGAAUAUCACUUGGAGCCGUCUUUGAACGCAUUGCACGUCAUAUUUGCGAGAAGAUAACCGCGAUAAAACAAUUCAUAUAAUUCUAGAUUUUUAUACAUAUCUAUAUUUAGAAUUAUUUAUGUACGGAUCCAU